UAAAACAUUCAUAAAAAUCAAAAAGAGUUCGAGUAAAGAAAUUAUGUUUGUAAUGAGGAAGGUUCUUCCUCCUUUAACAUCUUUUAUUUUUUUGUGAAGAAGUCAUCUAAUGUCGUUUGCCUUUUCCUGUUUCGUUCAGCAAGCAGUUGUCGAUAGCAAGACAUCGCAUCAAUGACACUUCGUCUCGCCUUUGAACUUCUAUCAAAAUUUAAAUCAUUUUCUAUAAACUGAUCCAUAAUUUCCGUUAUAGUGGCUUAAAUUUUUUUUAGAAAAUCCAUAGAAAGUUCCUUUCACUCCCCAUCUUCAGAAACGCUAAUUUCGUCAUUUCGUGCACCUAUUAUACUAAUUCUUUACGAUCGUUGUUGGAAAAACUUUCACCAGUUGUAACUUGUUUCUGUUUUUAAAUCGAUUGAACCACUAUCGAUUAGCUACGAAAUUUUCACUCGUGUUGCCUUUUUCAUUCUGAAUAUGGUUAAAAAUUAAUAAUUAUAAUAAUUAAUUAUAAUUUAUUUUGUUCAUCCACUUUCAAUCUUAAUAACUCUUGUGUCUUUUGUCGAAUAUUUCUGAAAUUUUGCAGGGAGAUUUGUUUAUGAGAUACAUUGCUGCUGUUAAAUUUUGGUAAUUAAAGAUCGACCGGGUGAGGAAAUAGAAGGGAUCAUGUGUCAUAUCUCGAGUAGGAUCAAACUACAUUAAACCUAAAUACAGUAUAUUAAAAUUUAUACUUUAGCCUAUUUUCCUGGAUUUGGGCAAUAUUAUUAUCGGAAAUACGUAUUUUCUUUACUCGUAUAGCCCUAAUAUUUUAAUUUGUCACUGCUCUAUAUUCUUAUAUAGAAAAUAUUCAUAAUUAUAACGUUAAUUUUAAAGUAUUUCAGAUACAUUUUGUACACUUUCAGAUACUGUAAACAUCCAUAAGAUGAAUGAAAGUGAAGACUCGUUUAAGAUAAAUUUAACUUCCAAUUAUACAAAUGUUAUUCAUUUUAAUGAAGAUUUCAAAAAAGCUCAAGAUAUCUUAAUAAUUAUAUUAAUUAUAUUAAUUAUGAUUGCAAUGGGAGCAGAUAUUUGUUUUAAGCAGAUUUGGAUGCAUAUUCGAAUACCAUUUGGUCCCCUGAUAGGUUUAUUUUGUCAGUUUGUAAUGAUGCCUUUAGUAGGUUUUAUUUAUAAUAAAAUAUUUAAGUUUCAAUCAGGAAUAGCAACGGGAUUACUUAUUAUAUCGUGUUGUCCCGGUGGUGCAGUCUCUAAUGCAUUUACUUACUUUUUAAAUGGUGACGUUUCUUUAAGUGUUACUAUGACUACAAUAUCUACCAUUCUAGCAUUGGGUAUGAUGCCUCUUAAUAUGUGGAUAUACGCAAUUAGAACAGAAGCAAAUACGAUAAUAAUACCCUAUAAAAACAUAGGUUUGUCUUUGAUUAUAAUUACUUCUCCUAUAUUAUUAGGUAUGGUUAUAAAAUGGAAAAUUCCAAAGAUAUCUGCAUACGUCACGAAGGGAGGAAGUGCGUUAGGUUUUACGAUUCUUACUACGAUACUAAUAUUAGAGUUUAUCGCUUAUCACGAAUCGUUUAAUCAAGUAUCCUGGAAGCUUAUCGUAACUUCUAUAUGUAUGCCUAUAACUGGAAUGAUAUUGGGAUAUUUAGUUGCAUUUAUAUGUAAAAGACCACAGAAUAUAUGUAUAACAAUAGCAAUUGAGAGUGGGAUUCAAAAUGCAGCCGUAGCAUUUAGUGUUAUCGUUUUAUCCUUCGAUAUCAGAAAGCAUAUUUCAAUUCUUUUAAUUCCCUGGUUUUAUGGGACAGCGCAAGUUCUUAUAUGCGGUUUUCUUAGUAUAAUUUGCUAUAUUUAUAAGAAAUGCCUGAACAAACAGCAACCUGAAGAAUAUGUAAAAAGUAUUGAAAACAAAGACAUUCAGGUGAAGCAAACAGACGAAACGACAAGAUUUUAAUUGUUUCAUUUUAAUUAUUGGCUCACAUAUUUUAAAAUAGUUUUAAUUUUUGAAAGGCCAAGCGGUGUAGGGCACUAAUGGAUUCUGGUUCAAAUUCAGAUGGUUCAGAAAUGAGCCAGAUGUAUCGUGUUACUAUUUUACUAGUUUAGUAUUCGGCUACCUCCAUUGUAAGUUUGGCCAAAACUUUCAUUCCUUUUAGUAUCCUCAUGGCGAAGGGCUAAAGUUAAGAUUAAAUAUAUAUAUUUUUAACUUUAUUAAUUUAUAAUGUGUUUUAUUCGGUGGUAGACAAUGAAUAUUAUUAAAUAUUCUGUGGGAAAAGCAUAUUUUUUUUUAGUAUUAUAUAUGACUAUCUUUCAUAUAAGAAGCUCUAAGAAAUCCAAGUUUCAAUGCGGGUCGGUGUCUGAAAAUUCCUUUUAGAUUUCAGAAAUAAUAAAACAUAAAUUUCUGUAGAUAACUGUGUAUCAUUAGUCAUAUUUUGUUCAUUUUACUUAAAAACAAUAAAAUUAUCCAUUGUUUUCUGCUGCUAUUCUGGACUUAAUACUGUUUUAUUACAGUUUUUAUUAUGCACUAGCUGUUACAUGCGGCUUCGCUCGCGCGGAUUUUGCAAGCAAACCCUCUUUACAUUCAAUAUUUCAA